UUCCCAAGCCCUUUCUGCAGAUGAACAAUUCAACACCCGUGGAAGGCAUGCCGGUUGUGAUGAUCUGCACAGUGAAAGAAGGGACACCUCCUAUUGUUUAUUCUUGGCAGCACGACACUAACCGAGAUGGCAUGGUGGUUCUUGCCGAAGCAGUGACACCUCUCUUAAACUUGACCUCAGCAAACCGGACAUACAUGGGUUGGUACACUUGCACAGCUCACAAUGAGGUCAACAGCCAAACCAGCAAUGGGAUGUACCUGGACGUUAUCUAUGGUCCAGAUGAGCCGGUGAUCAGCAUAGAGCCAUUUGCAAUUAACCAACAUGGCUUCUCAGCCAAUGAACAAGAAGAAGUGAUCAUGACAUGUCUAGCUCCUUCCAAUCCUCCCAGCCACUACAUUUGGUUCUAUAACAGCUCUCAAGUCUACUCCGGACAGAAGUAUGUGAUUGCCAGAAUCUCACGGACUCAAACAGGCAUCUAUACUUGCUUAGCCCAGAAUAUGCAUCUGAAUACUCGGACCCAGGCAACUAUUAUCUUGACUGUCUAUUGGACGUUGGCCUGCAGUGUCAUAGCGACCAAACUCAAUGAAUUCCUCAUGUUGACCUGUGACUGGCCAGGGGGAAACCCUCAGGUGAUGCUCUGGUGGAGAGACUGGAGGCAUCAUGUGCUGGGAGGCACGAAACCAUCACACAAUGUUUUUAUCAUGAAGCCCAACACCACCCUUGGAGGCAAGGCGUUCACCUGCAUGGCAGCUCACCCUCUGUGGGCAAGAACUGCUGAGUGCCAUGUCCGUCUGGAACCCCCCAAGCUUAUGGUGGAACGGUCCAAGGUGUCAUUGUUUGAAGGCAGUGAGGUCCAGUUGGCCUGCUUCCUCCAAGGUGCUUAUUUGGGCUCUGAAGUCUUGUGGUACAACAAUAAGAACCAGCCUAUUACAGCAAACACUAGGAAAUACCAUCUUCAGCAGAAGAAUACUUGGUUUAAUUUGACCCUCCAGGACAUAGAAUGGAUACGGGAUAGCGGCAUUUACCGUUGUGCUGCCAUUAAUGCUGUGGGCAAUGACUCUGCCACAAUCAGCCUCCAGGUAAAAAAAUACCCCAACCCACCCAAUGUGACAAUCAGCAGACUGAUGUACACUCGCCCCCGUACAGAGGUGGAACUGGAAUGGGAAACUCGAGGCUCAGGAAACCUGACUGGCUUUGUAGUCCAGAGGAGAGAAGCAAAAAAGACCGGCCCAAAGCAGAUGACCAGCAGCUGGGAAACAGUGGCCAACAACAUUGAUCCUGAUGUCCGUGGCCGAAAGUUGGGUGGUCUGGAUCCCGCAGUGGUGUAUGCUUUUCGGAUCCUUGCUGUUAACCAUCGUACCACUGGGUAUCCCUCUGAAAUGAAGACCCCAGGUGCAUUCGAGUAG